GCACCCCGAAGAUGCAGCAGCUCUGCAAGACCUACCCAGAGUUCCAGGAGUUCUGCAGCAGCGCGGGCCUGAUCCAGGGUGGCAGGCCCCCGAUGGGCGGGAAACGCAGCGUGGCGUAUGAUCCCGAGGCACCGCCGCACGCCCCAGCCGCGCCCGCCGGCUGGUCCGGCGCGCCCGCGCCCGGCGCUGAGUCCGUGCCGGAGGUCGUCUGGGUGACCGUCCGCCCUGAGUCCCGCAUCAUCCGGGAGGGCUUGCCAGCGGACGCGCCCGCCAUCACCUACUCCAAGGCGCUCAGCAGUGCAUUCUCGAACAGCCACGGCAUCCUCUCCGACUUGGUGGGGGACAUCUCGGCCGAGGUGGCCCUGCACCACGACCCCGACUGGAAGGAGUUCCCGGAGGUCGGGGAGGCGCUCAAGCAGGCGAGCGGCGAGGAGCACUGCUUCACGGUCGGGACCUGCGCGACCUCCGCCAAGUGGGCCAUCGGCUGCGGGGGCAACUGGAAGAACAGAGAAA